AUGACCAACAGCCCAGGGUCGGACCGCUCCCAGCCAUCGGCAAGAGUUAGCCAUGAGGCCGAUGACAAUCCCAGACCGACCAAAAAGCAGCGAAGACAGCGCCCAUCCCUCAGCUGUGCAGAAUGUCGCCGGCUGAAGAUGAAAUGUGAUCGGCAGUUGCCGUGCUCAAACUGUGUCCGCCGACGCCGGACCUCAUUCUGUAACCCAGGUGCAGCCGACACUACACCGUCCCGAGGAUCUGAUACACCCAAAAAACAGCGCAAGAGUCCUGCACCAGCUGAACAUCCCCCUCCCCAGGAAGACAAUGCACCCCGUUCACCCGACACCCCUAGCUUGGCUCAUCCAUCCAUACACAUCUGGAACACGCCAUCUCAACAUGAUGUUUCACAACAUCACGGUCAAACCCAACACACUGCCGCGGAGCAGGCGUCCGCCGACCAUUCGGGCCGCAACUCACGGCAACCGCCGCAUAACGGCAACAGAAGGGAUGACUUUGAACAACUGGCCCUUCUAGCCCACGCGCUACAGUCCGACCCUUUGCAAGAAUUCUCUUCGGCUGCUUCAGGCCGAAUUAACCUAUCUGGGCCCAGCGAUCGAAGGAACAGUGGCUACCAGAAUCCCGUCCCACAGCCCCUUGGCGUGGCCGAACAGAACGGCUCCUACGGCACAUUGAUGUUGGGUAAAGGAGGUCGGUCCAAGUACCUGGGCCCGACGGCCGGCAGUGAAUGGUUGAAAGAGUCGGAAACCCAAGACGCAUCGGACAGUCCCCCGGUGACCCGCGCUCCUUCCCCCAAGAUCCCAGAUUCGGUUCCAUCCCAGCCCCAUCGCUUGACUCCCGGUACCACUCCCAUCGCCUUUCCGUUCAAUGUGGCGGCCUCACACGUCAGUACUCGGGAGCUGCUUUCCCGCCUACCCGCUAAGGAGGAGGCAGAGACAUUGGUGGGAUCGUACUAUCGCUAUUGUGCUUGGCAUUUCCAGAAGACCUUCGACCGCGUCUACAAGUUUGCCGAGGGGGCGUCCGUAUCCCCGCGGGUCAAUCCGCAGGAGAUUGCGCUGUUGUUCAUCGUCCUGGCUCAAGGCACCUUGUUUAACAUUGAGAUGCCUUACUAUGAUCCAUCGGCCGAGGACUGGCUGCAUCUCUCGGAGUUGGCUCUGGUGAAAGGGCGCUUCCUAUCCAACAACAUGGUCGCCGGACUACAAACUCUACAUUUGAUGGCGCAUCUGCAUCUACAUUUAGAUAAAGGGGGCCGUGGAGACAAUGCCUGGCCGCUCUGGGGUCUGGUCAUGCGGUUAGUUCAAGCGAUGGGUAUGCAUCGAGACGGUGCCCGCUGGAAUCUUCCGCAGGAUGUGAUUGAGGAAAGACGCAAGGUAUUCUGGGAGUUGAAUGCCGCCGACACCUUCCAGGCACAUUGCUUCUCAAGGCCAUGCGCUAUCAAUCCGGAACAUUGCGAUGUCGCAUUCCCUUCCGAGCCGGAGAGCGCAACCGGCGAAAAGAGCUAUUCGAUUCUUCGAUUUGAGCUCUCGCAGCUUUCGUCCGAAAUUCUCCAUAUGGCGAUGAAGGUGCACAAACCACCGUACUCGGCUGUCACCGACCUCGACAUUAGACUCGGCGAAUUUGAGCGCAACCUGCCUUUCUCCCUUCGUUGUCGAGCCGCGUUCCUGUCCAUGCCCUCUCGCUACCCUCACGUCGAAGCGGCAAUCGAGGCAUCGCCGGAACCGUCCCGCAGGUCGAUGACCAUUUCUUUUCAGCAAAUGAAUCUAGCGCUCAACAUCUCAGAGACGAUCAUCAACCUCCAUCGACCAUAUUAUGCAAAAGCUCUUUACGAUAUCAACGACCGCAUGAGAUCCGUAUACGCGCCUUCAUUCUUGACCGUGAUAGAGCGUUGCGCCAUCAUCAUCGCAAUUGUCGACGACAUUCACACCCGUUUCCCCGCGGUCAGCACCAGACAAUGGAACUUCUGGGUGGACGCCGCGAUCAACCUCUUCAUCUCCUUGAUCCAACACGGCGCCAACACCCCCCGCUACGGUCGGAACCUGCAGUGGCUGAUGAAGCUCCGCACGCGGGCGUCGGCCAAAAUCGCGUCCGCGUCGACGCAGCCAGAGGCCCCGGAUGAUGCGGUCCGGCGGGAGGACCGGGAGGACAGCGAGGACGUCGAGCUGCUGGGCUGGCGGACGCGGCUGAUCGAACGGGCGGGUCAGGGCCGCCAGACGAUCCGGACGACGAUCCAGCUGGCGGAUGAGACGCCCACCGAUUCGCCGCAUGGUAUUGACGUGGGCUCUAAUCCGUCGCCGAAUGACCUUCACCAUUUUUUUGGCAUGCUGCAGGGUGAUAAUUCGAUGAUUAUGCCGGGCUCGUCGUUGCCGAUGGUGACGCCGGAUUCGACUAAUGAGCUGUUGCAGGACUUCUGGGAUCCGAUGCUUCUGCAGGAUUUAUUGGGGAGUAUACCGCUGGGCUAG